AUGCCAUCAAUAGUCUCUCCAAGCUUGAUCAGCGCAAGGAUACGCUCGCUUCUUCAAUUCAAGUCGUUAUUUCGAGUCAGUGAUUUCGAGCUCGUGGGAGCACCUCAGACGGCUACCCGCGUUAGAUUCGGCCCCUAUGUGCUCCGCCUGAUCAAAAGACAUAAUCUUAUACAGCACAGUGUGAGCGUCAAGUCCGGUCUUGUUGAGACGACUUUUACCGGCGGAGCACCAUCAUUCCACGACUUCAUCGGUGUGGCAUGUUUUAGUGACGCCCCGCAGAUUCAUCCUACUGUUUCCGCAUUUGUGAACAUCUUCGGACGCAAUCUCUUGUCGACCGUAUGCGUAGAUUAUAGACUCCAUGGCAUAAUGACAAGGGAACGGCGCAUAAUUCCGUAGUCCUUACUUCCUUUUCUGAAAAUAGAUUGCUGUUAAGCUCAUCUAAAC